AUGGCAGCAAAUGGUGAAUCAAACCCCAUCGCCGCUGGUAUUAUUGGAAGUUGUCGGUACAGUGAUUAUCUGCACAUCAUUUCCAUUAAGAAUGAUUCGACUUUAAAGGAGAUCUAUGAAUCUAUCUUAACGAAGUGGAACGAUAUACAUCCCGACAAAUUGGUGCUCCAAUACUUGGCUCCCCGUGAAAGAAUGUUUGUCACACUGACUUCUGACGAAGACGUGGUGAAUAUGGUUACAUUGCAUUUGGUAAUGCACAUGAGUGUGGUCGACAUUAUGGUGAGCCGCACUGAUGAACUUGAUGGGCGUAGAAGGAGGACCCCCAGCAACGGUGAGUCUGUUAGUUCCAACAGUCCGUUGCUGCAAAUUGAGUACAAUCCGGUUGGAGAUUCAAUUGAUGCAUGGAGACAUUGCAUACGCGGGGAGAAUCAAAUUUUCAAAGAUGCUAAUGAUUUUAGGUUUAUGCUAAAAAAUUACUGCAUUGCUAACAAUCGAACCUUUAAGUACAAGAAAAAUGAUCAACAAAAGAUCAUAGCCGUAUGCAUUGUUGAAAAUUGCAAAUGGAGGGUUUAUGCAUCAGUUCAUAAAUCAGACAAGUUAUUCGACAUUCGCAAAUGUAUUAUUGAGCACAGUUGUGGUGAUGCUACUCUUCGUACAAGGGGUCAUCCCAAAGCCGAUGCUACGUGGAUUUCGCAACUUAUGAAACAAAAAUUGAGAGAUGAGCCAGGUUACAAACCAAUUGCUAUUUUGAAUGAGAAUAACCCUGGUAGUUGUGCCGAUUAUGAGAUUGACCCUCAAACUCAAAAGUUUCUUCGGAUCUUUAUUAGUUUUGGAAAUUCUAUUUUGGGUUUCCACCGUGGGUGUAGGCAAAUGAUAUGUUUGGAUGGGACUCAUAUUAAAAAUAAGUACAAAGGUUGCUUACUUUCUGUUGUGUCCAAAGAUCCAAAUGAUGAGUUAUACACAUUGGCCUAUGCAAUUGUUGAUGCCGAGAAUGACAGGAAUUGGGAGUGGUUUUGUAAUAAGCUGAAAGAGAUUCUUGUUUAUCACAAUGGGGGUUUAUUGAAAAAUUACACAAUUUUCUCUGAUCGUCAUUCGGGGCUUAUUAAAGCCAUUCCACUGGUAUUUCCUGGUAGCAACCAUGCUUAUUGUUUGCGACAUUUGGAGGAUAACUUUAGAACAAAGGUUCUAAGAUCGUAUCCAUUGCACAACAAAGCAUAUUGGGUGAGUGUUCUACAUAAGGCUGCAAUUGCUCCUACUCGGCAAGAGUUUGAGGAACAUAUAUCUCAUAUAGUUCAAUCAAUGCCUCGUGCGGAAUCAUUUAUCCGAGACUCUGAUCCCAAUCGUUGGGCCAAUGCAUACUUUUCUGGGGAUAGAUGGGGAAUAAUGAACAGUAACCAAGUUGAAUGUUAG